AUAAUUGUAAAUGACGUCAUUCUUUGCAGAGAAAUUCUCCCAUGAUGCUAUGCGGCAGGAUUCUACAUGUGGUUUCCCGUGAGCGUGUUUUCUUCGAGUAUUUUGUUUGAUUACUGCAAAGCGUUUUUGCGAUCGCAAAGGUCAAGGGGAGUAAAAAUCAAGUAUUAUUCAAUAAUGGCAGAAGUAAAAAAAGUAUGCACUUCAAAGAAGAUAGGAACACAUAACGGCACAUUUCACUGUGAUGAGGUCCUGGCUUGUUACAUGCUCAAACAGCUUCCGGAGUACAGCCACGCAGAUAUCAUAAGAACUAGAGAUCCUAAAAUCCUGGAACAAUGUGAUGUGGUUGUUGAUGUCAGUGGAGUUUAUGAUGCCAGUAAGCAUCGAUAUGAUCAUCAUCAAAGGAGCUUCACUGGCUGCAUGCAGACCCUGACAGAUUCCCAAAAGCCCUGGAAGACAAAGCUUAGUAGUGCAGGGCUAGUAUACCUGCAUUUUGGCAGACGGGUGCUAUCACAGGUCAUGCAAAUGCCAGAAGACCACCAAGCUCUGGAUAAAGUUUACGACAAAAUCUAUGAAAAUCUUAUUCAAGAGGUCGAUGCUAUUGACAAUGGAGUGAGUCAAUCAGAUGAAAAACCAAGGUAUAUUAUUACAACAAAUCUCAGUGCAAGAGUUGGGAAUCUUAAUCCGAAAUGGAACGAUAAGAAUAUGGAUGAAGAGGCCCAAUUCAAUAAAGCUCUGCAGUUGGUUGGUGGGGAGUUUAUGGAUAAAGUUCUUUAUUACAAAAAUUCCUGGCUACCUGCACGAAGUUUGGUUAAGGGAGCUGUUCUACACAGAUUUGAGGUUGAUGAGAGUGGUGAAAUAGCUGAACUGGCAGAGUGUGGGUGUCCUUGGAAAGACCACUUGUUUGAUUUGGAAAAGGAACUCAACAUUGAGGUGCCAAUCAAAUUUGUCAUUUACUCUGACAAUAGCGGAAAAUGGCGGGUACAGUGUGUUUCAGUGAGACCUCAGUCCUUUGAAAACAGACUUGGGCUGUUGGAAGAGUGGAGAGGUAUCAGAGAUGACGCUUUGUCAAAGCUCAGUGGAAUACAAGGCUGUAUAUUUGUACAUGCAACAGGGUUUAUUGGAGGCAACCAGACAAGAAAAGGAGCUCUAGAAAUGGCAAGAAAAACUUUACAGAAAAGUAGAGAAGCUAUGGAAACCUGACAUACCAAUUUGUAAUAUCACAUAUAUUUAAUAAAGAAUGUAUGUAUAUUUUUUAAAAUUUCAAUCUAGCUUCCUUUAAUAAAACCCUUUUUUUCUUGAA